AUGGAAGCAAAUUUUACGCACGUUGAGAUCUUCAUCCUUCUUGGCUUCUCCCAUGUCCCUCAACUUCGCCUCUUCCUAAUUCCUACCUUCACCCUCAUGUAUGCCUGCACAAUCCUGGGGAACAGCCUCAUCAUUCUGCUCAUCAGAGAGGACCAUCGGCUUCACACCCCCAUGUAUUUUUUCUUGGCCAACCUCUCCACGAUGGACUUGUUGUUUACAGCCGUUACGGUCCCUAAAAUGAUUGGAGACCUUAUUUCCAGGGAAGGAAUGAUAUCGUUCCGUAGCUGCAUUGCUCAACUCUUUUUAAUAAUCGCGACUGGGGCAUCUGAAUCCCCCCUUCUCUCCAUCAUGGCUGUUGACCGUUAUGUUGCCAUAUGUGAUCCACUUCAUUAUAAAACCAUAAUGAGCUACAAACUGUGCUUUAGGCUGGCAAGUCUUUCAUGGGUGCUAGGGAGCUUAUAUUCUCUGAUUAACACAAUUCCCACUACCAAAAUUUACUUUUGUGGUCCUAAUGAGAUUAAUCAUUUAUUUUGUGAUAUUAUCCCACUCCUUCAGCUUGCCUGCUCAGAUAUUGCUCUUAAUGUUGCUUUUGUAUAUAUUUCAUUCUUCUUUAACGGUAUAUGUAACUUCUUUGUUAUUCUCAGCUCUUACGUUACUAUCAUAACCGCCAUAAUGAGAAUCAAGUCUCAGGAAGGAAGGAGGAAAGCAUUUUCGACGUGCGCUUCACACCUACUGGUGGUUAUUGUGUAUUACACCACACUCACCGGUACUUAUUUGCAGCCAAUGAGCAGCUACUCAGGGUCCAAAGACAAGACGGCUGCCGUGAUCUAUACUGUGGUCACCCCGGUCCUAAAUCCCAUAAUAUACAGUUUGCGGAAUAAUGAUGUAAAGAAGGCAGUGAAGUAUUUUUUCGUAAAGGGCGUUUAG